GGCGCUUCCUUGUGUCUGCUGCUCAGUGCGCACUUGAUAUCAGCAGAGAAGCAGCGUGCCUAGCUCUCCGGCUACCACAAGGCGAUGCAGUUUCUCUCAGUUAACUGUGUGCUGCGUUACAUGUUCGCGGCCUUUCUCUUGCUGCCCACCGCGGCUUCAGGCGGAUACCGGGUGCGGCCCUGCCAGGCCCCUUUGCAAUGGGAGGGCAGGACAGUUACUUACGACCACAGCACCGGCAGGAACACCCGGGCAAUAGUUUCUUACGAUGGACAGAACCAGCGUAUCAGAGUCCUGGAAGAAAAGAAGGGCCACAUCCCCUGUAAAAAGUUUUUUGAAUACAUCUAUCUCUACCAGAGUGAUGUGAUGUUUCAGAUAGAACAGGUUACAAAACAGUGUGCCAAGAUGCCUCUCACAGAUGACUGGGACCCAUAUGACAUUCCUGACAAUUCCACUUAUGAAGACCAGUAUUUCAUUGGAGGACCUGAUGAUCAGAUACAAGUUCAAGAGUGGUCUGACAGAAAACCUGCACGUAAGACUGAAACUUGGGUCGGAGUCUAUACAAUCAAAGACUGUUUCCCAGUACAAGAAACCUAUACGAAGAACUACAGUGUAACAACAUCUACCCGUUUCUUUGAUCUCCAGAUUGGAAUUAGUGACCCUGCUGUGUUCAUCCCUCCCAGUACCUGCCAGUCUGCUGUGUCACGUAAGAUAAGGGACAGCUGUUAAUUUUGGCAGCAAAGAUUUGCAGUUAUCAAUGGAAAAGAAAUUAAUGCAGAAAAAAUAGAUUCCUGAGACAUCUUAAAUUGAUUAGGAAGCUGUAUACAGUAAAAUCGGUUGACUGCUAAAGAGAAAACUGUAUAAUUUUGUUUUUAUGUUCUAUAUAAGGAGGUAGAAAAAUAGAGCCUAAUUCCGUAAAUAUGAUUAAAAAAACAGAAAUAAAAUUAUCCCAGCUUUAUGUAAUGCACAUUUCAUGUUUCACAAAUGUGUUAUAAAAUGCUUUCAAAUUAAUAACUUGCAUAUCCAUGUGUAUAUACAUUUUUAGAUUGAGAUGUUCACAGAUUAAUGCUUAUAAUCACAGUACUUUUUGCUUUUUACUUUUUUUUUUACUUCAUGCUGUUAUCUUUAACAUGCCUGCUUUUUGAAAGCACUGUAUAUUUUAAUAAUUAUUUUAAUAAACUGUACUGAGAAACACCAUUUAGCUCAUGCUCAACCAAAUAAUAAGUAACAAGUGAUGUGUGAUAUGUAACAUGUUGCUUAGCAAUUAGUCACAUACUGAACACUCGCAGCUUACAAAACUUGCAUAAAUAAUGUUAUAAACUAUAAUAUGAAGGAAUUACUGUUUCAGUGAUUAUUGCUUUACAAAAUGUUUGAUAUGUAUGUUACUAUCUAGUACUUACUUAGAAACCACUUCUCUCCACUUGGAAUGAAGAAAGUGCCUCUGAAGAUUUGUUGCAUAGUAGUUGAUUGAUUUCAGAUAAUUUGUAUAAAUCCAUUAUUACUACAUUAUUUUGGCUUCGACAUUUCAAUAAUCCUAUUGACUGACUGACUGACUAUUUCCUAUUUUUCCUUAAAUUGCAAUUGAAUGGAAAAUACAGUAUCAGGUUUGCAUUGUUGCAUCUAAAACAAGCUACAAAACCAUACUUAAAGUAGUAAAAAUAUUCUUUCAGAUUGCAAAAACUAUGAUUGCUAUUUAAAAUGUAUUGUGGGUACUGCAUUAAAUAAUUAAUGACCUAUACUACUAGUAUAGAUCCGUGUAUAAUGCUACAAAUGGAUAAAAAUAAAAUAGUGCAACAACAAAAAAAAGUUAAGCAUAACAGCAGAAAAUGUUAAUUUUUUACUGUUAAAUGUGGUAAAUACUUGUACAUUUUUUUAAUUUUAAUUGCUUAUUUUAAGAUUACCUAAUUUAUGAAUGACACAUUAAUAUAUGUAUGCAAUAAAUUGUUUCUUCAAUUAACAGA